AUGGCACCCGGCAGGAUGCAUUUCGCGCAUAGGGUGUGCGCUUCGAAGCCCUUCAUCUUGGUUGCAGUGAUACUCGCUCUAUUCUGCGACACCUUCCUAUACAGCUUCCCCGUCCCGAUAUUAAGCUACAUGAUCGAGCACCGUCUGCAAAUCGACCCAUCGCAGACCCAGAAUAUAACCACAGCCUUGCUCAGUCUGCACGGGCUUGCAACACUUGUAUUUGCUCCUGUUAUUGCGCACUUCGCCGACAAAUACCCGACACGAAAACUCCCGUUCUUGAUUAGUCUGGCUGGGUGUCUUGUCGCCACACUCUUGCUGAGCUUGACUCCUUCACUCCCGGCUCUUUUUAUAGGACGUCUCAUCCAGGGAAUCGCCGGUGCAGCUUCAUGGAUUGUGGGUUCAGCCACCUUGACCGACCAUAUGCAGCUCGAGAGCCUGGGAAAGCUCUACGGGCUGUCCAUGUCAUUUGUGAGCGCCGGGGUUGUCGCAGGCCCUGCAGUGUCCGGUGCUGUCCUGGAGCUGGCAGGAUACUGGACUGCAUGGUCCAUCCCACUAGGCCUUCUCCUCCUCGAUAUAAUAAUGCGGAGUGCCAUGAUUGAGACUCCCAAAGCACCAUCCCCAACCACCAAACCCUCCUCUCCCACUCCAACUCCAUCCGGAGAACCCAGCGAGGCAUCUGCCCUUCUACUCUAUAACCAGCUAAACAACAUGAACACCAUAGACCCAGAUUACGAACCCUGGCACGACAUCGGCCCAGAACCAGACCCAGACCCAGACCCAGAACCCGGCUUCUACGAAACAAUGCUCACAGACUCCCGCGUCCUCGUCGGUCUCGCCAACACAGUCCUCAGCUCCGCCCUCCUCGCCAGCUUCGACACAACCCUACCCCUGCAUCUCCGCGACACCUUCGGCUGGGGCAGCCUCUCCGCCGGCAUAAUGUUCCUAUCCCUGCAUCUCCCAUUUAUCCUGCUCGGCCCUCUCGCCGGCUGGGUCCGGGACCGCGCUGGACUGCAGUAUCCCACGACCGUGGCCUGGGCGCUUCUUGCGCCGGUGAUGUGGCUAAUUGGUGUUCCUGGGUCUGGGAUAUUCGCGCCAAAGUCGGCGGUUAAUACCGAGACGAUGUUCAUUUUUGCAAUCGUUGUCUUUGGGGUCAUUGUGCCGUUUGUGAGGGGGGUGGGGUUUUUGCAGGUUUCGCUCGUCCUGAACGAAUUCGAAACGAAAGACCCGAGACGGUUCGGUGAAAAUGGAGGCAGCAAUCAGGCCUUUGAGUUGCAGGACAUGGCGCUUAGUACAGGACUGAUGGCCGGUCCAUUGAUUUCGGGGACCUUGGCUCAAAUUGCUGGGUAUUAUUGGGCGAGUUGUGCUUUUGCUAUCCUGUGUCUUCUUUCGGCGCUUGCUUCGAUAUUCUGCCUUGCCGAUAGGCCAGUGACAGGGGGUGGCGGUGAUGACGGUGUAGAUGUUUGA